GAUGAAGAGGAGUCUAGUCUUCCAGAUGCACCAGCAGUGCUGUCAUUUGGACAACCUCUUUUGAGCUUUGAAAACAUUGUUCCUGGUAACAAGGUUUCAGUGCUGCCCGAUGCUCCAGAAGUUGCAUCGAUUCCAGAAAACCAGGAAAAUGUUGUGCCAUCUGUAGACUUCAGAGGUGAACCAGGUUUCUCCCCAGAAAUUCAGACUCCACUUCACAGAGCCAAGAGUUUGAGUACAAGACACUUGACUGGUUACUCGCCGCAGCAGUUUCUGGAUGAAAGGUGUCGAGCUCGUCAAGUACUAAGCUUUACACCCCCAGCAGCAAAUUUACCCUGGCAGCAUAUGGGUGAAAACGCUGGAGGAGAAAGUCAUCGCUCUGUAAUUGGCCCUUGGACUCCCCUGGCAUCUCGUGUACAGCAUGAAGUUUUCAGCUAUGAAGAUUUCCAGAGACUCCAGAAUGAAAAACAAGCCGUGAUGGAGGAGAACCAAGCCCUUAGGGAGGAGAACCAAGCUCUGAGGGAGGAGAACCAAGCUCUGAGGGAAAGCACUGCACGAGCAGCUUCGGAUGACAGCGGCUCACUUCAAGAGCAGGUGAAGCAAGUUGGGACAAUGUUGAAGACGUUUGCUCGCACUGGGCAAUCAGGUGCAGAUCAGACCUUAAUGCUGCGACGUCUUGGAGAGUUUGGCGAUGUUGUGCGUAGCAUGGACAACAAAAUGGACACUAUGCUGCAACAUUUCAGUGCCAAUGUGUCUGUUGGAGAGUUAUCCCUGCCAGGGGAUCUGUUACUCCCCCUAGACACCCAGGAAGAUUUGGCGUUGCUUGACAACAGUUUGAGGCAGGAUAAAGAGCUCCAGGAACGAUUUCUUCGGUUUUUGGCAAUCAAAUGUGGGAGGGACCUAAAGACAACCGUCUGGCGGAUGCUUCAAAGUAUCUUCUCUAAUCACCUUUCCAUCAAUACAACCUGGACUGGAGUUGGGGAUAAAGCAUGUUUUAGAGACAUGUUCCUGAAGACCAUUGUUCAAAGAGCCAUCCGGAAGAACCCGGCAACACAGGAUGCCACUGAUGAAGCCAUCCAGGUUAACGUUACGCGUUACCUGAAAGGAGCAUCUGACCGUGAAGGCGGAAAAAGGCGCCGCACAGCUGAGAGGGACCCACAGCCGACCCCUUAAACCUAGGCUGACUACUGACACCCCAGCAUCACUGACAACUGGAACCCUUUCUUUAUCCUGCAGUCAGUAACAUCAAGACCCCUAAAGAAGCCAGAAGUGUCAGACUGCACUCCCCAAUCCACACUGUUCACUGUGGAUAUUAUCAUAGUGCUUAACUUAUUAUAUUGUUAAAUAUAGCUUGUAAAUCCUUGUGCCACAGGUCAGCAUUGCAGUUAUAUCUGUUCUACUACUUUUUUUACCUCAGUAUUUUUUAUAUAUAUUUGAAGAUGUUUAUCACAGAUACAAGAGACAUCUUGUACCCCAGGUCAGCAAUGCCAUUAUAAUGGUCUAUUCUACUCCAGAGCUUUAUUCUAAAUUAUUACCACUUAUCUUAUUGUUAGAAAUGGCUUGUAAAUGUGAUGUUAUACC